AUGCCCUACCUGCACCGGGACUCGAAGCCGCGGCCGCCGGCGCUGCCCAGUGCCGCCCGUGCCACCCACGGCUCGGGGAAGGGCUUCGAGGAGCUGCAGCAGGAGUGCCUGCGCAGGGGGGUCCUCUUCCAGGACACCGACUUCCCCGCCUGCAGCUCCUCUCUCUUCUUCAGCGAGAAGCCGCCCAUCCCCUUCAUCUGGAAGAGGCCCACGGAAAUUGUCAAAGACCCCAAGUUUAUCCUUGGAGGAGCCACAAGAACUGAUAUUUGCCAAGGGGAUCUUGGUGACUGCUGGCUAUUAGCAGCCAUAGCUUCUCUUACACUGAAUGAAAAAAUGCUAGCAAGAGUGGUCCCACUGGAUCAAAAUUUUGGGCCAGAUUAUGCUGGAAUAUUUCACUUCCAGUUUUGGCAGCACAAUGAGUGGCUGGAUAUUGUGAUUGAUGACCGACUACCCACCUUCAAUGGCCGCUUGGUUUUCCUGCACUCAGCUGAUCACAAUGAAUUUUGGAGUGCCUUGCUAGAGAAAGCCUAUGCCAAGCUGAAUGGCAGCUACGAGGCUCUGAAAGGAGGCAGCACAAUAGAAGCCAUGGAGGAUUUCACUGGGGGCGUAGGAGAAAUGUAUGAGGUUAAAAGGGCUCCUGACAAUUUCUAUGAAAUCCUAGAGAAAGCUCUGAAAAGGUGCUCAAUGGUGGGCUGCUCUAUUGAUACCAGCAGUGCUGCCGAGUCAGAAGCCAAAACUCCCUUUGGCCUUAUAAAGGGCCAUGCUUACUCUGUGACUGGCAUCAACAAGGUGAGCUAUCGAGGCCAGCAAGUGCAGCUCAUAAGGAUAAGGAACCCCUGGGGACAGGUCGAGUGGAAUGGCCCUUGGAGUGACAACUCUCAGGAGUGGCUUUCAGUGAGCCCGUCGGAGCAGAGACGCCUCUCUCAAGAAGCACUGGAUGAUGGAGAGUUCUGGAUGAAAUUUGAAGACUUCAAAGUGCAUUUUGACAAAGUCGAGAUCUGCAACCUGACACCAGAUGCCCUGGAAGACAGCACUGCCCACAGGUGGGAGGUGACCAUCCACCAGGGGAGCUGGGUCCGGGGAUCCACCGCAGGAGGAUGUAGAAAUUUUCUAGAGACUUUCUGGACAAAUCCACAAAUCAAGCUACACUUGACAGAGAAAGAUGAUGGACAAGAUGAGUGCACAUUCAUAGCAGCACUGAUGCAAAAGGAUCGCCGCAAACUGAAGAGGCUUGGAGCUGAAAUGCUGACCAUUGGCUACUCUAUUUAUGAGAGCCCUGGCAAAGAUGGACACUUGGGCAAAGACUUCUUCAGGUACCACCCCUCCAAGGCCAGGAGCAAAACCUACAUUAAUUUAAGGGAAGUAUGUAACCGAUUCAAGCUGCCACCGGGCCAUUACAUUCUUGUUCCAACCACAUUUGAGCCACACCAGGAGGCAGAUUUCUGCCUGAGGAUUUUCUCUGAGAAGAAAGCCAUCACUGAGGAUCUAGAUGCAAAUGUUGCCAUUGAUCUCCCUGAGCCUCCAAACACAAGCCCACAAGAAACUGAAGAUGAAAAACAGUUCCGGGCACUCUUUGAGCAGAUUUCAGGAAAAGACAUGGAGAUAUCUGCAGAAGAACUUGAAUAUGUUCUGAAUGCUGUAUUGAAGAAAAUAAAGAACAUUAAAUUCAAGAACUUAAGUCUCAUUUCAUGCCGAAAUAUCAUUUCUCUUAUGGAUACCAGUGGCAACGGGAAACUGGAAUUUAAUGAGUUCAGAGUUUUCUGGGAAAAAAUGAAGGCAUGGAUAAAUAUCUUUCUUCAGUUUGACUUUGAUAAAUCUGGCUCCAUGUCUUCCUAUGAGCUUCGCAGUGCUCUUAAAGCUGCAGGGUACCAACUCAACAACUACCUGCUGCAACUGAUUGUCCUCCGAUACUCUGAUGAACAGUUCCAGAUUGAAUUUGAUGAUUUUCUGAACUGCUUAAUUCGCUUAGAGAAUGCAAGUCGAGUAUUCCAAGCGCUGAGUGUGAAAAACAAGGAGUUCAUUAACCUGAAUAUAGGAGAGUUUAUCAAUCUGGCAAUGAACAUCUGA